AUGGACUUCCUCAAAUACUUCAACGGCGGUGACUCUUCCGGUCGCGACCAAGUCUACGAAUGUGACCCUCAGGCACCUCACAAAGCCGCUUUCUCGCACGAGCUCAUCGGCGGUGCUGCUGCUUUUGAAGCCAUGAAGGCGUACGAAGGUCACCUUCAAGCCAACGGCCAGCCUCCAAGCCAUGCCGUGGCCAAAGAGAUCAUCGCCGGCUUGGUGGGGGCCGAGAUUGACAAACUCGUUGAGACCAAAGGUUUGGACGCUUGGGACCAGCACAAGAUCGACGCAGCUCGGAAGCACGCCCAGAAGCAAGCCUUCGAGGCCUUUGACCAGUCUGAUCACGCUGCGCAGUACUAA